AUGAGCGCCGGAAACGAAAAUAAUGCUUUCCGAUACGUAGAGUCUCCUCGUCGAAAGCGCAAGGGUAAGAAUACUCGAGCGCCUCAAGCACCGGGCCGUCUCUUACAACGUUGCCUUCGAGAGCUGAAGGAUGGACAAUGGUUACAUGAAUCUCUAGAUCUUGUGAGGGAUUCCCUGUCGGAGUUAGGAUGGGAAGGGUCAAUACCCGUUCUAUGCCUCGGGCUUGGUAGUCCUACUGCUUCGGAGAAUGCAGCAGCACAGCUGGCCCUUUUGUUGGGUUUAUGCGACGAGCUGAACGUAGAUAUAACACUGCUCAAGGGACUGGAAAUCCAAUGUCUAACAGAAAAUUUGGUAAAUGCUUCUGCCCCCUUCCCGCAUUUCCAUUCUCUGAAACUGGUACAGAACGGAAGAUACGAGAUGGACUCGCAGACGCUUGUAUUUAUGCCUCACUGCGACGUGCAACUCUACGAGGCCAUCCUCGGCCAAAAUUGGACAAUAGGGAAACUACCCAACAUGUUAUUCAUAUGCAAUAAGUUUAGUGAGUACGAGACAACCAAGUUCCAGAGGAAGUACCCGCAUCUGUUCCGCUACAGAGCUGCAUGGGCACAACCCUCGCCAUAG